GCAGAAGUGAUGGAUUCAGCCCACAGAAAAGUGACAGUCUUCUCCUAACGGGCCACAGGCAGCACUCAGACCUGACCUGGAGUCUGAACAUCUAUCAGGAAACUACCUCUAGUAUCCAGAUUAAGUUUACCAGCUCUCACCUGAAAUUGUUCCAACUUCUUCAAGUGGAAUUUGAAACAAUCUACUUAACAUUUCCUGAAAAGUUUCAGCCAAGGUAAGCCUCUGUUGGGCUAAUGACAGUCUUUUAAUAAUAGGCUUUAAAACAUCUCUACUUCUGCACUGCUGGAAUGGACUAAGGUGACAGAAAGUGAGAAACUAGACGGGUAAGAGGAGGACACAGGGGUGCAGCUUUCACACUUGGGAUGACUUUCUACCAGGAGAAACUUCAAUCAGCUUUGCCAGGAGGACAAGGCAACUGAGGGAGCCUCAUCAAUACUCUACAGUUCUCACGUCUUGGCAGCCUUUGGUGAGUUGGACACUAACUCAUGGAUCCCCCUCCAAUGGUGCUAUUGGGGCUCCUUCUUGUUUAUGGACUAUCCUGUGGCGUUCGGCAGACUCAAGGGAGUACGUCGGAUAGCAGACAUGGCAAGGACAAGGUCCAAGAAUUUGAAAGUAGUGAGGAUGGUCCGGAGAGAGAGUUUCUCUAUGCUGGAAGGAGCAAACGUGCUCCAGCUGACCAGCAGCAGGACAAGUGUUCGUACACUUUCAUUGUGCCUCAGCAAAAAGUGAGUGGAGCCAUCUGCGUCAACUCCAAGGAGCCGGAGGCAAUGCUGGAGAAUCGGGUCAACAAACAAGAGUUAGAGCUGUUGAAUGUGGAGCUACAGAAACAGAAGAGGCAAAUCGAGACCCUGCAGCAAUUGGUAGAGGUGGACGGAGGGAUUGUCAAUGAGGUCAAGCUGCUGAGGAAGGAGAGCCGAAACAUGAACUCCAGGGUCACUCAGCUGUACAUGCAACUGCUCCAUGAGAUCAUCAGGAAGAGAGACAAUGCCUUAGAAUUGGCUCAGAUGGAGAACAAGAUCCUGAACCAAACCUCUGAGAUGCAGCAGCUCACCAGCCGAUACAAAGAUCUCGAGCACAAGUACCAGCACUUGGCAACUUUGGCCACAAACCAAUCAUCUCUUAUUGCCCUCUUGGAGGAGCAUUGCCAGAGUCGCCCUACCCCUCGUCACGUGCCAGUCCCCCAGCCAAGACCUCAGCCACCACCACCACCGUCACAACCUCUAAACAGGCCUUUCCCACCACCGGUCCUUCCACGAAUCAGCAACCCGAUCAGCAAUGAGAUCCAGAGUGACCAAAAAUCUCAACCACCUCUUCCCACAAUGCCCACUGGCACGCAUAGCCCCUCCACCACAGACAAGCCCUCUGGUCCAUUUAAGGAUUGUCUGCAAGCUCUGGAGGAUGGCCACACUACAAGUGGCAUGUAUCUGGUUAAGCCAGAAAAUGCCAACCGCCUGAUGCAGGUGUGGUGUGACCAGAGACAUGACCCAGGUGGCUGGACUGUGAUCCAAAGAAGGGUGGAUGGAUCUGUCAACUUUUUCAGAAACUGGGAGACAUACAAGCAAGGUUUUGGCAAUAUAGAUGGUGAGUACUGGCUGGGGCUGGAGAACAUCUACUGGCUGACUAACCAGGGAAACUACAAACUACUGGUCACACUGGAGGAUUGGUCUGGCAGGAAGGUGUUCGCAGAGUAUGCCAGCUUUAGAGUGGAGCCCGAAGCAGACUUCUACAAGCUCAGGGUGGGCCGUUAUCAUGGCAAUGCUGGAGACUCACUCACUUGGCAUAACGGCAAGCAGUUCACCACACUGGACAGAGAUCAUGAUGCUUAUACAGGCAACUGUGCACACUACCAGAAGGGAGGCUGGUGGUACAACUCUUGUGCCCAUUCAAAUUUAAAUGGGGUAUGGUACAGAGGAGGACAUUAUCGCAGUCGCUACCAAGAUGGAGUGUACUGGGCUGAGUUCAGAGGAGGAGCCUAUUCGCUAAAGAAAGUGGUCAUGAUGAUCCGUCCAAACCCUAACACCUUCCACUAAGCAUCCAAGAAACACAUACUGUAUCUCAAUAAAGAAAAACAUCACUGCUCUUUAA